CGUUUAAAAGUCAUUCAAGGCUUCUUAGUUUUUUCGUACACAGAUCAAAUCUGGGAUUCCCUUCAAACUACGAAAAAAUGUUCCCAAAGUCGGGGAUAACAUGUGUGCUUCUUGCAGCCCGUUUGCCUUAUGGCUUUAAUCAACUGAAGACGAUUUCACCUGUUCAUCUCUUUUACUCGGGCGCGCUGAUGCGAAGCUACAUAUCAGGAACUAAAAAGGCCAUUUCAAUCAAAGGAACACAGGAAUACAAAUGUUCAUCCCAAAACAUGAACUGGAUGAGCCACGGAGGAUGCUUUAAAGAAAACUAUAGUACCGAAUCCGCAUCCACGGAGACCGCAACCACCUUAAAGUUGAGUAAAAAAGAACAACUGAAGCGGGCAUUCAAGGAAUAUGGAGCAACCAUUGUGGUCUUUCAUGUGGUCAUUUCAGUCAUUUCUCUUGGGGGCUUUUAUGCACUGGCGUCCUGUGGAAUAAACCUGGUGCCCGUACUGGAAUACCUCGGAAUGGGUUCGUCGGCGUUUGCGGAGAAAGUUGCCACAGGAAGCACCUUUGUUGUGGCCUUUGCCGUUCACAAAAUCUUUGCACCUGCCAGAAUCAGCAUCACAUUGGGCAUCACGCCGUUCAUUGUGAGGUAUUUGCGAUCCAAGGGACUUCUGAAGCCAAAAGGCACAUAGUGGCCUAUUAAAAGUUAUAAUAUAUUUGCUCGCUACCUGUACCAAUA